CGAUGUUCCAUUCAAAUUUCUGCCCUAUCAACUUUCGAUGGUAGGAUAGAGGCCUACCAUGGUGGUAACGGGUGACGGAGAAUUAGGGUUCGAUUCCGGAGAGGGAGCCUGAGAGAUGGCUACCACAUCCAAGGAAGGCAGCAGGCGMGUAAAUUACCCAAUCCUGACAUAGGGAGGUAGUGACAAUAAAUAACAAUACUGGGCUCUUUCGCGUCCGGUAAUUGGAAUGAGAACAGUUGUAAACUCCUUGAACGAGGAUCCAUUGGAGGGCAAGUCUGGUGCCAGCAGCCGCGGUAAUUCCAGUUCCAGUAGCGUAUAUUUAAGUUGUUGCAGUUAAAAAGCUCGUAGUUGGAUUUUGGGUGGGAGGGGUUGGUCCGCUCUUGCGGGCGUGUACCGGCCCUUUCGCCUUUCUUGCCGGGUAUGCGUUCCUUGCCUUUAUUGGCUGGGAUCCAGAGCCGGCGCUGUUACUUUGAAAAAAUUAGAGUGUUCAAAGCAGGCCUGUUCUGAACAUAUUAGCAUGGAAUAACGCGAUAGGACUCUGGUCCUAUUUCGUUGGUCUUCGGGAUUGGAGUAAUGAUUAAUAGAGACGGUUGGGGGCAUUCGUAUUCCAUUGUCAGAGGUGAAAUUCUUGGAUUUAUGGAURACGAACUUCUGCGAAAGCAUUUGCCAAGGASGUUCUCAUUAAUCAAGAACGAAAGUUGGGGGAUCGAAGACGAUCAGAUACCGUCCUAGUCUCAACCAUAAACGAUGCCGACUAGGGAUUGGCGGAUGUCUAUUGGAUGACUCUGCCAGCACCUUGUGAGAAAUCAAAGUUUACGGGUUCCGGGGGGAGUAUGGUCGCAACUUACAGGAAUUGACGGAAGGGCACCACCAGGCGUGGAGCCUGYGGCUUAAUUUGACUCAACACGGGAAAACUCACCAGGUCCAGACAUAGCAAGGAUUGACAGAUUGAGAGCUCUUUCUUGAUUCUAUGGGUGGUGGUGCAUGGCCGUUCUUUGUUGGUGGAGUGAUUUGUCUGGUUAAUUCCGUUAACGAACGAGACCUCAGCSUGCUAAAUAGCUACGCGGGGACCUUUCCUCGUGGCCAGCUUCUUAGAGGGACUGUUGGACGACUAGCGAACGGAAGUUUGAGGCAAUAACAGGUCUGUGAUGCCCUUAGAUGUUCUAGGCCGCAUGCGCUCUACACUGAUGAAUCCAACGAGUCGCUUGCCUGGGUCGAAAGGCCCGGGUAACCUUCUUAAGGUUCAUCGUGACGGGGAUAAAUUGUUGUAAUUAUCGAUGUUGAACGAGGAAUGCCUAGUAAGCGCGAGUCAUCAGCUCGCGCUGAUUACGUCCCUGCCCUUUGUACACACCGCCCAUUGCUCCUACCGAUUGAAAGGUCCGGUGAAGUGUCUGGAUUGCGGUGAUCUCGGCGGUUUGCCGCUGGGGGUGCUGUGAGAAGUUCAUUGAACCUUAUCAUUUAGAGGAAGGAGAAGUCGUAACAAGGUUUCCGUAGGUGAACCUGCGGAAGGAUCAUUUACACGUGAAUGGCCGAUCUUCGGGGUGUGGGACGCUGGCUUGCUCGCCCUUCCGCCGCCCCUUGCCCCCAUCCUCCCUGCAUCCGCUUUUCUGUUCCGUUUCAGCACCAUCUUGGGCUUAGUGCCCAGCUGGCGGCUGGCCCGGCGCAGAGGGGCACUUGGUGUAGGUCGAGGGUGGGAGGAGUGGACAGGGUCCGGGGCCUUGUGGCGUUGCUCCCCCUUCAUCCCGUCUCGCCUCCCCAGGUUGUUACCUCGGCCCAGCCCCACUCUCGACUUCUGGUCGGGAUGGCGGUUGGUCCGGGCACGGACAGCCCUGCGGGAGGGUCAGGGGCGGGAUGUCGGGUGGUGGCGGCGGCCCUCGGCCUGCGUACCCCCGCUCUGUCCCGUCUCAUCUUUGUCCAGACCUCCUUUCCAUCCCAGCCUCGACCUCGGCUUCGUGCGGAGCUUGUGGCUUGUUUGGGGAUCGAGGGUCGUGUCUUGAGAGGCAACCUCUGCAGCGGGUCGUGUGCAGGUUCCUUGGAAGGGGACCUCGAAGAGGGUGACAGCCUCGUCGACCGCCGGACCCUGCUGCGCAACGAGGUGUUGUCCAAGAGUCGGGUUGCUUGGGAAUGCAGCCCCAAUUGGGUG